AUGAUAGCAGGAUCGCAGACACAGACCCAUUUAAUCCUGGCUCUGAUCGCCCUGUCUGUUUCUGCUGUUGUCUGUCACAACCACGAAAAUGCCUCAACCCUGAACACCAGGUCACAACCACAUAUUAUCCUCUACUCUGAACAUCAGAGGUCACCACCACAUACCAUCCUCUACCUUAAACAUCAGAGGUCACCACCACGUAUUAUCCUCUACCCUGAACAUCAGAGGUCACUACCAUAUAUAAUCCUCUACCCUGAACAUCAGAGGUCACCACCACAUAUUAUCCUCUACCCUGAACAUCAGAGGUCACCACCAUAUAUAAUCCUCUACCCUGAACAUCAGAGGUCACCACCACAUAUAAUCCUCUUCUCUGAACAUCAGAGGUCACCACCACAUAUAAUCCUCUACUCUGAACACCAGAGGUCACCACCACGUAUUAUCCUCUACCCUGAACAUCAGAGGUCACUACCAUAUAUAAUCCUCUACCCUGAACAUCAGAGGUCACCACCACAUAUUAUCCUCUACCCUGAACAUCAGAGGUCACCACCAUAUAUAAUCCUCUACCCUGAACAUCAGAGGUCACCACCACAUAUAAUCCUCUACUCUGAACAUCAGAGGUCACCACCACAUAUAAUCCUCUACUCUGAACAUCAGAGGUCACCACCACAUAUAAUCCUCUACCCUGAACAUCAGAGGUCACCACCACAUAUAAUCCUCUACCCUGAACAUCAGAGGUCACCACCACAUAUAAUCCUCUACCCUGAACAUCAGAGGUCACCACCACAUAUAAUCCUCUACCCUGAACAUCAGAGGUCACCACCAUAUAUAAUCCUCUACCCUGAACAUCGGAGGUCACCACCUCAUAUAAUCCUCUACCCUGAACAUCGGAGGUCACCACCACAUAUAAUCCUCUACCCUGAACAUCAGAAGUCACCACCACAUAUAAGCCUCUACCCUAAUCAUCAGAGGUUACAACCACGUAUAAUCUUCUACCCUGAACAUCAGAUGUCACAAUCACGUAUAAGUCUCCGCCCUACAACCUGA